AUGAUGAGAAUUUUAACAUUUUACAGAGACCCAGAAAAGGCUAACUUGCUUAAGGAAAAACAAGAAUACAGAAAGAGGAAACAGUACUUCGGGUCCAGAUCGAAAUCGGACCACGCCGCUAGAUCAUGCGAUUCUAGUAGUUUACGAAACAAAAAUCACAAAUACAAACAUAGUGAGGAGUACAGAGUAAAAGAUCCAGUACAGGACGAAGAGAGGCAGUAUACUCAAUGUAGAGCACAGAGUAUUAGUGAUAAAAAAGAUAGUUGGUGGUUUUGGGCUGACACGCAGAGCCAGAAGCCUAAAGUUGAUGAAGAUACCUGUUCUUGCGUGUCUUGUGCAUUGAAACAAAUGGUUACAUCAGAGUAUACCUGCAUCACAUGUUUGGCGUUAAUAUUCAUUCUAACAGUAGUAGUAGCGUUCUACCUUGUGUUCCGGACUGUACCUAUAGCUAAUAAUGAUGUGAGACCAGACAUUGAACGUAAAUUGGACAGCGAAGGUCUGAGGAAGAAGAUAGAGAUGCUAAAUAGCAAACGUGUGGGAGUGAAAGAGUACGCUGCAUAUAGAGGCAGCUAUGAUGAGAGGAAAGAUUGGGAUGAUACUAUUUCCGCACAAUUAGACGAGCUGCCUAGUCUUUCUGGAACAGAACAAUCUGGAAGGUUCCAACAGCAAAUACAGUGAACUAUCAAGUGUUCUAGACAAUGAGAAAGUCAACGAUGUACGAAACAGCGAGCGUUUGAGAGAUUUCUACAAUAAACUAAUACAAACAGAUGCGAAAAUAAAAAAACUGAGAAGAGAUUACACAUUGAACGGCGAUCCAGGCG